AUGGCGAGCAGGCAAGAAUCGUCAGUCACGGCGGCCGACUUGGACCCCGUGUACGAGUGGGUCGACGGCGACGGCAGCUAUCUCCUCCGCCUCAACCUCCCAGAAGGAGGAGUUCCGGGUGCACGUGGACCCCGCGGGCCGGCUCAACAUCCUCGGCCACAAAACGGCGGAUGGCGGAGCUGGGAACGUGCGGCUGCACAAGGUGUUUCAGCUCCAUCCACAUCCGACCUGGACGCAAUCACCGGCCGGUACGACGCCAACGUGCUCACGCUCACCGUGCCCAAGCUGCCUUCCGCCCCGGCCGCCAACGACGUCGGCGACAAACCUGUUGGAACGGAUGAGAAAUCCAAGGUUAUCCGGGAGGCGGAGCGGCUGAUCCAGGCGGCGAGGGCAAGGUUGCAGCAGGGGAGGCACAAAGAGGAGAAAGUGGACGACAGGAAACAGGAGGCCGAGGCAACGACGCCGGCAGAAAAGGUGGUGAAAGCUCAGGACCACAACGACAAGCUUGAGUAUGAGGCGGCGACGCAGAGGGACAAGAAAGGCUGCUGGAAGGAGGGGUUCACGUGGGCGGAUGCCAUAGGUCGUAAGAACAAGGAGGUGAUCGCCGCCACCGCCGUCGCCGCCUUCACGCUAGGCGUCUUCGUCUCCCAUAGGCUCUUCUCCAGAAACUGA